AGAACAAAUAAAUGGAUCGUUAAGCCCUCUUUUGCAGUCUUCAAUUUCGCCUUCGUGUCGAGCAGGUGGCCGGCAGAUCGGUUGAAGAUUUGCAGUUGGUCGGAGCAGAAGAUUUGCGCAUCAUCAGUUUCUCCAUUCAGCCAAUUUGCCACCCCCGAUCUAUAAAAAGACGGUGCGAUGGCCCGAAUGAUCCUCUUUGCAAAGAUGCCAAUCAGAACUGUAUACUGUACAAUUCUGUAGCCUGAUCAGGUAUUCUGAUAUGGACAGCCUAGUGGACUCUUUAAAUAACGCAUAUCAGGAGUUUGUUGCUGGAGCAGCUAGCGUCCUUGAAGCAAAUGAAACCUCUGGAGCCCAGAAGACAGCAGCAACAGAUGCAGCUCUUGAGAACUUUAAACAGAAAUGGGAGCUAUUCAUGGUUGCUUGUGAUCAAGCAGAGGAGUUUGUGGAGUCUGUGAAGCAAAGGAUAGGAUCAGAGUGCCUGAUUGAUGAGGCCACGGGUUCACUGUCCAGCAAGUCUGGGCAGGCCGCCGCUGCCACGUCCUCUGGCCUUCCUCCGAUCAGUGCCAUUCGGCUCGAACAGAUGAGCAAAGCUGUGAGAUGGCUUGUGAUUGAGUUGCAGCAUGGCUCCGGAGCUGCUGCUUCUGCUUCAGCCCACUCCCACUCUCCCGCUCCUUUCGAUGCUCGAUUUAGCGAGGAUACAACCCAAUAGGUACCUAUCUUAUAAAAACAGCUUGAUAUGGACUCGGGUCUGAGAUUGUCAUACCACUCGUAGGCUAUAACAUAACAAGUAUUUCGUGUUUUUCAUGUUCUUUAUUACCUUCUCCCACGAUCUUUUGUAAGACAGGUGAGAGCUUGAGAUUACAUUCAUCAUUGCUGCCCUAGACAUUGAAAAUAUAUUCAAUGAUGAAAGUUUUCUCAAGCCUCGAUUUGAUAUCUCGUUAGUUUGAACGAAUAUGUCGGUAAAGCAGCUUUUUCGUGCUCCUAA